ACGUUAUGCCUACACGCACACACACACACAUACAGAAUACACAAUACAGACACAUAGAGGUGGCAGGAGAGAGGGAAGACGUAAUGGUUUGACUCUGUGUGCACUUGCGAUGAUCGUGGCAUUAGUCUGCACAUUCCUCUAACGGAAGGCGCAAUGAAGGCGGGGGCCUCGUCCAUGUGGGCGUCAUGCUGCGGACUGCUAAACGAGGUGAUGGGCACGGGCACGGUACGGGCACAGCAGCCCGGCUUUGGGGCUGGCGCCGGGCCUUUCCGUUUCGCCCCCAGUGCAGGGUACUCCACAUACCCGCCCGCCAGCUCGGGCAGCGCCGGGCAGCUGUGCAAGGCCUGCGGACUGGCUUUCUCGGUCUUCAGACGCAAGCACGUAUGCUGCGACUGCAAGAAGAGCUUCUGCGCGCUGUGCUCGGUGCUGCAGGAGAACCUGCGCUGUUGCGCCACCUGCCACCUCCUGCGCGGCACCGCCUUCCAAAGGCCACGCCUCAUGCAGUUGCGCGUCAAAGACUUGCGGCAGUACCUGCUGCUACGUAACAUCCCCACCGACACCUGCAGGGAGAAGGAGGACCUGGUGGACCUGGUUCUGUGCCACCGGGGCACCAGGGAACCGCCUCGACCCGCAAUAGUGGUGGAGGAGGAGGAGGAGGAAGAAGAAGACGAGGAUGAUGGAGACACACCUGAGGAACAGGAGGAGGGAGAUGAUGAAGAGGAUACAGACAGCCUCCGCUCCCGCGCCGCUUCUCUACCCUCCCCUGCCGGCUCGGCUUCUGAACAGUCGCUGGGAUCCGCCUCUCAGGGAGUCGUGCUCAGCCCAAGUGACAGCUCAGGGACCCCAAGCCAGUUGUCCCCUCAGGAGCGCGAGGACACGCCGAGUGCAUCACUCCUCAAUCUAGAGCAGACGACCUGCACGACGGAGGUGAGCCCGGCCACGCAGAGGAGGAUCCGCGCCUCGCUGUCCGACCUUGACAACGAGGACGCCAUCGAGAGGCUGUCGGUUCGCCAGCUGAAGGAAAUCCUCGCCAGGAAUUUCGUCAACUACUCGGGUUGCUGCGAGAAGUGGGAGCUGCUGGAGCGCGUGCAUCGCCUCUACAGAGAAAACGAGCACAACAGGAAAUCCAUGGAAAAUGUGAGCAUUACUGCAGUGGUCACAUAUCCUCCACCUUUGUGCAACAGUGCUGUCGGAGACAACGUGAAAGCCCAGCUUGCCUCGGACGAGAAUCUUUGUCGCAUCUGCAUGGACGCCAUCAUCGACUGCGUGCUGCUGGAGUGCGGCCACAUGGUGACCUGCACAAAAUGUGGCAAGAGGAUGAGCGAGUGCCCCAUCUGCAGGCAGUACGUGGUGAGGGCCGUGCACGUCUUCAAGUCCUAGAAAAAGCCUGGCCGCCAGAGACGCUUCAAACGGGCGCCAGUGGCUUGGACCGGCAGUUCUCGUGGAACACGGCAGGGGUUCGAGUCGACACGGUCGACUGCAACAUGUGCAAUACCGUUAAGAAAAAAUGAGACUUGUGUUUUUUUUAUUAAUGUAGAAUAUUGGUUCUAGUUUAACAGCACAUCAUAUGUUAGCAGAAGACGCCAAAUAUCACGCCUAUACGCUCAUACGCUUAACGUGCUUUUCAUAUUCAUCAAACUCGAUGUGACGGUUUGUAUUUUUUCAGAACCAUGGAAAGCAGUUUACAGUAAGGCUUUGUUUGAUUCUAAUUUUCAUUUUAAAAGACAAAAUCCCUGCUGAUGGUUUUUACGUUUCCCUUCAACACACCUGAUUCAAAUGUUUCGGAUUCCUCUCCAGUUUCUGCAGAGUUGAUUAUUUGAAUCAGGGGUGUUGGAGGAGGGUGACAUAAAACACACUUUAAAAUACUGCAAACAUAUUUAAUAUAUUGAGAAAGACCAAGGAAAAACAAUAAGAUAAAUAUAGUAAACAACAUUGGAGUAAUCUUCAUGUCAUUUCAUAUUUUUUUAUUAUUAUUGGUCAUUAUAUUAUUGAUUUUAAACUUCUGCUAAGGUUCGAGAGAGAUGGAAAAUGAAAACAGCCGAGCAAUAUCAGUUUUCAAAUAUUUUGAUGGUAACAGCUGCCGCCUCCUCGAUUUCAGUCUGUUAUGCAAAGGAGACCGACACUUUUUCCUUUCUGCUUAUGUUUCAAAGAAAAUUACAUAUACGGAAUCACUGUUACUGUAAAUGUGUUGCAUAUAGAUAGCUUCUAUCGUUAUUAUGAAUUAAAUGUAUAUUUUUACAUGGACUGGGUGGAAGGGCCAGGAGGUUUAUGAACGGAAUGUAUUGGUGACAGUUUAGUCAAAACCUUUAAAUAUAUCGGUGGUGUUGCUUUUCGUCACGCGUUCCCGUCAUUUUUUUUUUUUCUUUCAUGAUUUGAUUUAACGCGGCUGUUUGUCAACGGACGAUGUCAUUCACGGGCAGCUACAGUCUUCUGGAGGGCACUCAUAAUCCUGGAUCUUUAUAUUUUGGAAUGGUUGGACCUUUUUAUUUUGGUAAACAAAACAAAAAAAAAACUAUUUAUUAGAUUCAAUAAAAUUCAGUCAAAUCU